AGCAGAAGAAGCAACUCUCAACAUGGGGAUUCGCCGCCAGCUGUGUUUUCUUGCGAGCUUGGUGCUCGUCAUUCACACUGCACCGACUUUAAAGCCCGUUGACGAUUAUAAAAUCGCAAAGGAAUAUUUGAUGAGCUUCUACAAUCUGGUAUAUAAGCCUCCUGAUCCCACAGCCCGGCAGCCAGAUCCACUACCCGAUACAUUGAAAGAGAUGCAGAAGUUUUUCGGGCUUAAGGUCUCUGGAAAGCUGGACAAAAAAACACUGGAGGUGAUGAAGAAGCCCCGCUGUGGAGUUCCAGAUGUUGCUGCGUACUCCACAUUUGGAGGCAACCCCAAAUGGCAGACCACCAAGCUCACCUACAGAAUCGUGAACUACACCCCUGACAUGUCACAUGUCAAAGUGGAUAAAUCCAUAAAGAAAGCCCUGCAGGUCUGGGCCAAUGUCACUCCUCUGAGAUUCGAGAUUCACAACAAAGUCCCACAUACAGCUUUACUGAUCCGGAUAGUUUCUCUCUGUCCAGUGAUGACAUCAGUGGGAUUCAGUCGCUCUAUACGUAACCGGCCUCAAACAUGGAAGGAUGAGAGCUAG